AAAGAAGCCGUGGAUUACGGAGCGAGUGACGGAAUCGGAAGUGGACGUCGUGCCGCCGUCGUGCGAUAAAUGCUGGAUAACCGCAUUGGUUAUUAGAGCCACCAAGCAGUUAUCGAUUCCGAAGUUACGGGUUCCUAACUGGACCCGUUUUUACGCUUAUACCUCUUGCCAUUAAUUGACGACUUGCCUCGUUUCUUUUCUUUUUGUUUUUAAGAAACGAUGGACAAGUAUCUGAGAACUCUCGAGAUAUAAGUUUUUCAUAAUUAUAUCUGUUUGUACUGCUUAAUGCGCGCCAAGUUGAAGUUUCAACGAUGCGAUGUCAAUAUUAUAAAUAUGUAUACAUAUUAUAUAUUUCCGUUUGCCAUUACGUGAGUAAUAUUUUAAUAUCUAAUGUCGAAAGCACGACGUGAACCGUCAUUCUCCGUUUCUGUUCGCAAUUAUGCAUAAGUGCAGAAAAAUAGUUACAGAAUAACUUGUUCUUCUUUUUUUUUAUUAUUCCUCGAGUUCCUCACAUUUACUUAUCAAAAUUUUACGUGUAAGAUAUGAAAUUAUUUGCAGUAAAUGUAUUUCUGCAGAUAUAUAAGAAAAGUAUUACUUUUAAGCAUUUGUCUAAAUUGUCUAAAAGAUCAGGCAUUUAUCGACGUAUUUACCAUAAAAUCAGUCAUCAACUCCCAGUAUUUCUUCAUGCGGAUAGAUAAAAGCUCACGCGGACGAUUUCUACAGGGAGAAAAUGCGCCGUAAACGUAAUUUUAUAGUCUACAGCGCAUCACCCUACUUCGCUUUACUCUAUCAAGCAAGUAAAACGCCCGCGAAGCGGUGACUCACGGAAACACGUGAGCUUAUCGUCCCUCCGAAGAAGCACUGCUGCCGAAUGGAAGUCAUUUUUCAUUUUCUUUCUGUUACAGGCGAAGGACAAUAUUUUCGGGUCAGGCCGAGCAACAGCUCCGUGCUGGAGGGCGGCGAGGUGAUAAUUUCCUGCGAGGUGGGGAAUCGAGUCGGUACCGUCCAAUGGGUCAAAGACGGCUUUGCUUACGUCAUACAACAAAACGGCGACAUCGUGGGCCAUCCCAGGCUGAAAUUGAUCGGCGAUCAGAACGCCGGUAUUUUCAACCUGAGAAUCACCGACGCGUCACUGACCGAUGACGGCGAGUACGAGUGUCAAGUCGGGCGUUACCUCAAGAUCAAGCCAAUCCGCGCCAGCGCACACCUGACCGUCACCUCUCCUCCACAGAAGGUGGCGAUCAGCAAUUACCCGAAGAAACACGUAAUCGAGGUGAAAGUGGGCGAAUCGCGACGUUUAGAGUGCGUCGUUAGUGCGGCCAAGCCGCAAGCCUCGAUCAUUUGGUAUCGCGGAAACGCGCAGAUCAAGGGUGGCGACACCACUAUCUCCCCAAUCUCCAUCCAGGACGAGACGGCCAAGCCCGGGGAAACGAGGGAAUUGCUCAAGUACGACACCCGCGGUUCCAUUACCAUCACGCCUACGGCGGACGAUAAUGGGAUGGAUUACACCUGCGAGGCCAACCACCCGGCGAUACCCCGUGACAGGCCUAUGCGGGCCACCAUUACGCUUUCCGUUUUCUAUCCACCCGGCCCGCCGUACAUAGAGGGCUACACGGACGGCGAGACCGUGCAGCGCGGUCAGAACGUCGAGCUCGCCUGUCGAUCACGUGGUGGAAAUCCACAGGCAGAGAUUGUCUGGUACAGGAACGACGAGAAGGUCACGGCGGCCCAUCGGCGGGGGCCCGGCGUCAGCGAGAACGUGUACUCGUUCAUAGCACGCGCGGAGGACGACAAGGCCCGGUACAGAUGCGAGGUCUCCAACAUCAUGAGCGUCCAGCCCAUGAAGGUGCACGUCGAUCUCACCGUCCUGUUUGCGCCGGCCGGAGUAACCAUCACCGGGCCGACCGAGGCGAAGGCGGACGACCAGGUGCUCAUUACUUGCGCGACGGAGAACUCGAAUCCGCCCGCGGACAUAAAAUGGACGGUGGACGGGCAUAAUUUCGAGAGCAACGCCUCGAAGACGGAGGUGGCGCCGAACGGGGGCUGGAUCACCAGCUCGAACGUGACGUUCAGCAUUAAUCGCAAGAGCCGCAGCAUCGUCGUCAUCUGCCACGCUUCCAACGCCAAGCUCACGGAGAACGUGGUCGGCACGCACACGAUAAACGUGAUAUAUCCACCUUCUAAACUAACCGUCACCGGAUACGAAGAGGGCACGACGAUAGUCGCCGGAACGGUGCUGAAGCUUAUGUGCAUCGCUACGGCGGGUAAUCCAUUGGCCACGUUAACAUGGUACAAGAACGACCGCAAGGUACUCGGCACAGUGAGACAGCGAAAUCACGCCGUCUCGAGCGAGCUGGCGAUACUCGUCAACGCGUCCGACAACAAUGCCCACGUGCGAUGCGAGGCGACGAAUUCCGCCACGGAGAUCCCCCUGCUCAAAGUUCUCGUGCUCAAAGUCUACUUUCCACCCGAGAGGGUGAAGAUUAACCGCGAGCCCCAGGAUUUUCACGCCGGCCAGGAGGGACGUCUAAUCUGCGAAUCGAGCAGCAGCAAUCCCGCCGCCGAGAUGUCGUGGUGGAAGAACGGGAUACCGGUGACCGGCACCAGGAACAGCACCAAGCCCGGAUUACACGGCGGCUACCUCUCGUCCGUCGAGCUCGCGCUGGACUUAACCGAGGACAUGAACGGCGAGGUGUACACCUGCGAGGCCAAGAACGCUGAAUUGGGGAGAUCCAGCCAUGACGCCACGACGCUCGACGUGCUAUACAAGCCGAUAUUUUCGCCGUUGGACCCUUACGAAUUAAUCGGGCUGGAAGGAGAGCCCUUUGUAAUUUCCGUAUCGGCGAGGGGCAAUCCCAACACAACGGAAUACACGUGGACAAGGGACGGUCUGCCGUUGGGUACUAUUGGUAAGAGAAUAACCGCGCAUGGUUCUACGCUGAAUAUCACGAGAUUGGAUCGUCAUGACGCCGGCACGUACAUAUGCGAAGCGCUGAACAAGGAGGGAACCACCUUCUACCAGCUAAACCUGACCGUGCAGUAUCCGGCUAAAAUCAAGCGUACUUCUUCAUCGGGACUAGUUUAUCCGCCGGGUAUCGAGGCAAAACUAUUCUGCGAGGUCGACGGCAGCCCGAUCGGUGAUGAGUACGUCACGUGGCAGAAAAUAGGAUCGAAUCCUGAACUGCCGGGACGUUACUCGACGUCUUUCGUUAAUCGGACGUCGUAUCUUCACAUAGAGCACCCCAGCCAGGAAGACGUCGGCGAGUAUCGAUGCAAGGUCAACAACGGCAUCGGCAACGUGACAUCGGAUGCUAUUCUAUUUAUUACGAAUUUUAAACCGGAAAUGACGAACACCCCGCUGACGCGAAAGGCAGCGGCGAACAGAGGAAUAAGCGUCCAAUUGUUCUGCAAAGCGCGAGGAUCUCCAUUGCCGCGUUUCACUUGGAUCUUCAAUGGGAAAACUUUAUUGUCGAAUGCAACCGAGGAUAAAUACAGUAUCGUUCACAGUGAUUUGUCCGAGCUCUAUUCGGAAACGACGUUGACUAUCCAUCACGUGAGAUCGCAGGACUACGGAAAGUACGAAUGUCGCGCCCAGAACAAAAUGGGACAGGCCGUGGAUAACAUACAUUUGGACGUGACGUCGCCGCCGGAUAAGCCGAGCGAUUUGGAGGUCUACAAUUAUACACACGACUCGGUCACGUUGAUCUGGAAGCGCGGCUUCGACGGCGGCCUACCGACGUCCCAUCAGAUACGAUGGCGGCAGGCACAGGAUUACGAGGACCGUUAUCACUACCUAGACAUCGCGCCCGGCGAAUACAAGGCCACCAUAUCCGGCCUGUCGCUCGGGACUUAUUACGUGUUUAGCGUAAAGGCCAUCAACGAGAAGGGAGACAGCGGUUUCUUACCGGAUCUCGUCAAAGUCCAGACGCUUCGCGAGGCGCCACCAACCGAGUUGACAUCAAGCGAGAAUAGUUCCUCCUACAUCAUCGUCAUUAUCAUCACUGUUUCCGCCUCUGCUUGCCUACUCAUUGCCGCGACCAUAGUCUUUGCUACAAUAAAGUCGAAAAAGAAGGUCCAGCGUGCUGGUAAAUAUGAUAUCUAUCAUGUGUUCUUUCUCUCCUUUAUUUCCCUAGGCCCGAAUAAAGAGGAAAACCUGCCAGACGUCCUCUUGGAAAAGGGUGAUUUUCCGAUGAAUUAUAUCUAUACAUUAGCGGCGACUUCCGUCAUCAUUUUUAUCGUUAAUGUCCUCAUCAUGUUGUGGUACAUAAUACGAAAACGAAAUAAAGCUCGCAUUAAUAAGUCGCAGACCGCGGAUAUGUACGCACCGUCCACCGUCAACGGCGACACCAUGACUGGCGAAUUAAGUUCGAUGUCGGACGAGAAGAGCGACGUCAAUUUCGACGCUAAUGAUUACGUGGACGAAGGGCGCAAAACCGCAGCUAGCACGUAUUUAAUAGAUCAAACUAUACAGGAUUUCGGGAAAGGCGGUUUAGAGAUGCAGGUUCAUCAGGGCACCCUUGGUCGUCGCAGCAAUCACAUGCAAACGUCCAUGAACAUGGACUCGCCGCCGCAGCGGACAACCGCCAGCGGGACUCUCUCGGGUACAUUGUCGAAAUCGAGUUACAUCGGCAACCCGAGCCCGGCGCCGCCCAACGACGUGAGCUUCUACAGCGUGGAGAUGGACAACGGCGGUCGGAGUUACAUGAGCUACGACGGCAAUCCGAGUCCGGCGCCGCCCGCGAUCGAUCCGACCAGCGGGCCCUACUAUCCCUCGUCGAUGGGCUCGACGGGCCACAUAAUGAGCGGGCACAUGACGGGCGUCAACACCGGCACCCUGACGCGCACCAGGACGCUACCGCGUCCGGUGCCGCCGCCUGACGUCACCGUGAUGACCGCGGGCACUAAGUCGCCGAUACCACCAUCGGUGCCGCCGCCACCCGCCACAUUUGCCCGUGGCCCCGGUGUCAAUAACGGCGGUGGGCCCCAUCCACACCCGCACUCGCAUCCGACACCGCCACCGCCGUCCUCCUGUCAGAGCCAUCCGUUGUCGACGUUCGCGGCGACGCCAACCUACUCCGACAUCGACGGUCAUCUUGUCUGAGGCUCGCCGAUCUUCGGGCCCAGCUCGACGCGCGGCAAAUAUCGCGCCGUCGCUCAGAACGACCCAUCGGAAGACCGUCGACCGCCUACGGAGAGGAGCACGCGUCUCUGAGUAACGCGAAGCGUCGUGAUGAUGGAUCCUCCUCCGAAUUGUCCGCGUUGUUCACCUCGUCACCGAUCAUCUCCUUGAACGACUGGGCAAAGAGGAACGCGGCGACGGGGUUGCAGACCCUUGCACUCAUCAUCACGCGCCUGAACGAUCUCCGAGAACUCUCUGUUUCGUGCGCGAGAACGAAAGUACGACGAAGUGUGUAAAUAGAUAAAGACACAGGCAAAAAGAGAGAAGAAGAACGUUGACACGAGAAUGGUGCACCAGGUUCACGCUGUAAACAGCCUUUCCCUUCCACGCGGUUACUUCCUAAAUGAGAGGAGACACGCGCGGGGCUCUCCUACGCGAUUGAAUUCUAAUCUUAGGGAUAUAUAUGUAUGCAUAAUCGAACGCUCGACGAAGAGCGUUCUCGGAGAGAAGGAAAGGGAACGACCGCGCGCCGGUAAGUACUGCGCGCGAGCGUUCUCCAAAAAAGCUCGAGGACGGUUCUACCGUUGCUCCUCCGCUACUCUGCCUUCCUCUCCCCUCAUCUUUAUCCGUUUUCCCUGCUCUAACUCUUCGUCUUUGUCCGCUCGCCUUAGCGUUAUUUAGCGUUCUAUUCGCUAAACAGCGACGUAAUCACGACGCAUCGAACGAUCGAGCUCCAAAAUCGACGCACCGAUCGUCGAGGAAAGUAUAUUUUUUCUGUAAAUAACAUGCAUGAUCCACGAGAUAGACGAUAGAGAGAACAAUUCUGCGAUAAUUUCGUUCCUCGGUUGUUUCGUGCACGUCGGCAACACUUACGCCCUUCGUCAUAGCGAUUACGUUUAGAUAUCACUAUGCUGGUAUCAACGACUGCCGGGAAAAUCCGCGAAAAAUCUUCGAAAUAUCAAUAUGUGGGGAAUGAUUCUCCUCGCUCUGACUGUGACUGACGCCGAAAUGCAAAUUCCAAAUUUCAAAUGCACAAUCAUAAACUUCACGAUCAACAGUGACAUUGUCACUAUAAAUAUCAUGAAACAUUUCCGUUUUGGAACUUGAAUAGCCAAUAUCAUGCGGUUUAAAGUUGGAAAAAAAGAUAAUAUAUGUUCAGAUCACGCAAUUUUACUUCUUUUUAUAAUAGAAAAAAGUAAAUGUUUAUCAAGUUAUUAACAGAUUUAUAAUAUAUUGAUAGACAUAUUAAAAUAGAUUUUGUAGAAAAUAAAUUUUGUAAGUGUCUAUUACAAAUUUAGAAUCCCAAUAGAGAAUUUGCUAACGGAACAUAAUGGCAGAUCGAUUGCAGAAAUUAAGCAGUCAUUUUGUUUCAUUUAAAUUAUGUAUUUUAUGUAAAUAUUAUGAAAUAACAGAUUCUGUUCGAUUUCUACCGAAAAUUUGCUGUUAGAUUGGCAGGCGCUGCCGGCAAAACACAAGUUUAAUAUGAAUACAAAUAAUAUUGGAUCUAUUACAAUUUCUGAGCAAAUUUACAAUCUAUUAUCAUACUGCCGGCAAUUUACUUACUGAGGGAUAUUAUGAAAUAAUAUCUGUAAUUAUAUAUUAUAAUAUAUACCUAUUUAAACCUAUUUUAUUAAAUAAUAUUUUAAUAAAUUAGACAUUUUAAAUUUUAAUUAUUUAAAUUAAAAUACUUUAUAUAAUUUUAUAUAUUUUUUUAAAUUGCAUUGUACAUAAAACCAAUUUUCUUUGAAAAUUAAUUUCCAAAAGCAAGCUAGUUCUUGCAAACUUUUUUUAAUGUACAAAUCGAUUUACCUGUCUUCCAAUUUUACGUUGGUUAUCCUAGUUCCAAAAUACCGAUGUCAUCGAUACCAGGUUUUUACGAUCACGACUGUCGCGCAAAAUCAGUAAUAUUGAUUCAUAAAAUAUCGAUAGCAAUUAAUUAUCGCACAAUACUGCCCCUUUAAAGCUCGUAAGAGUGGGCAUAUCCGUAUCAUGACCGUCCAUUCUUUACUUUCGCGUCGAUGAGUCGAUUCAUCCCGACGAUUCGAGACUGAGGGAGGCGAGACAAUCGUUAUUACAAAAGAGAUGUGCGUGGAAAAUCGUAGAGCAAAUUCGCUAGCAGCGACAUUAAAUUUUCUUUCUCGUUCCUCCAUAUCCUUCAUUCAUGUCAUUUACGAUUCUCUAUUUGAGUUAAUAACGUCUCCUUCUACACGAUAUCUACGGAUGCUAACUUGGAGUUUAAUGCUAAAUGUGUGGCGGUUUGAUCUUAAAUCUCGACAUUCUUGCUCGGCGAAACAUUUAAAGUUACAGAAUACAGCCAUCUUUAGCACUAAAUGACAAGAGUACUCGGCGAGUCAUUAUUUCGUACUUUACAUGAAAAUUCAGGAUCUUGUGAUUCUUGCGAGAAUGAAGAGUCUGAAGUCAAUGCUAUUUUUAGAAAGGAUGAAGAAAUAGAAUUAAAUUCUUCGCAACGAUGAAACGAGUGGCAAAAAUAAGAAACAAGUUUUUACCACAAAAUUUUAACCCUUUGAUAUGAUAGUUUAAAAUUUUUAUUGAAUACUUAUAACUAAUAUCUAAAGUUAUUUUUAAAAAUUACUUUUUUAACGUGUUAAACGCAAAUUCACCAGAAUCUCUAAAUUCAAGAAAAUUAUUCGUAUUCUGUCACUGACGAUUUGUACAUAAAAUUUUACAACAUAAAUAUUAACAAAUUUUUAUUGUAAAUCCAGUUUUACAUUAUUUUUUAUAUGAUAUGUUAAGCUUUAUUUGAGUCAAUGAAUAAAUUGCAUUUCUGUAAGCAUAAAAAACUUCUAGAUUUUAUUUUUUUUUAUUUUUGGCGACUCAAAUUAUCUCUCAAAUUACCAUUUGUCUUCCAUUUUUUAAUUGACUUCGGAUUACACUGCGCAUCACAAGAAAAAGAUUACGUGACAACUUGAGCUGUAUGUUAGAAAGUACGCGGAAGGACUUUACUGGUUCGCUGUUUCUACGAAAUACGAACGACCGAUUGAAGCACGUUGUUAGCAUAAUUGCGCAAUUUGCAUAUCAUAAGUCACAUUGGCACUUUAAUUACUUGCGUUACAUAUUAAAGUUACUUAUGUUGCUUAAGUUACUUAUAUAGCUAUUUACGCAACUGCGCUGCGAUUGUCGUCCCUUGAAUAAUUUUAACGAAAAAAACAAAUUCGAGCACUGUCGUGCGUAGAGAACGAAGUUUUCACUGCCGAUCCUGAAGUCAAUACUGUAGGUAAUCCGUACCAAUCGUUUAAUAUACUUUUUUACCUUCUACAUAAGUACACACGUAUACAAUGUACAUAAACACUCGCCGCAUUGCGAUUUCACGAUUGUCAAUCGCAAGCGAUCGAGUGUUUGUUUAAAAAAAAAAAAAAGGAACCUAUGUAUGCGUUUGCGUUUUAUUGAUAAUUCCGAGUUUCUCGGUUUUGUUUACCACGAAUACACGUGCUGAUCGACCUGCCGAAUGCAUCUACGAUGCCUCUUCACGCGUUUGUGAAAUGAAAACCGGAUAACGACGAUGCAGACUCACUCGGCCGAGUCGAGUUGAGCCGAGAUCACAAUUCGACCAUCACGGACCCCACUAAUCGUGCGAGGAUUUUCAUCACGGACGUCUUUGCGUAAGAUGAAGACACGCGAGACGUAACGUGAUCAACGAGAGAUCUUUUUCAAGAGAAAAGAAAACAAAAGAACGGGAGAGCGCGUACUAGUGAAUGUCUCGGCGUAGUGAUAUCUUGAACAAAGAGACAAUAGUACAUAAGUUUAAUUGCUACGUACGGUUUUUUAGUUAAGGAUAAAUAUAUACUCUGCCGACGGCGCGGCGAUGUUUCGAGAGGACCGCGCGAAGAACGAGCGCGGUUGUUACACGCGACUCGCGCGCGGACAUUCGCGUUUAGCUCGAUUAAAUGUUCAUACAUAUACAUAUAUUUUUGCAUUUAUUUCCAAUUACUAAUUAUGAUUAAAUCUGUAAAUAGUGCGAUAACGUUUCUCAAUGUUUCACGCGGUCGGAAGAGUGGAAAAAAAUCACAAAAAAAAAAAUAACCGAGAAAAAAGUAAUUCAAAUGGAUCAUAUGAGGGUCUCACUAUUACCUAGGCUAUAAACGAAGUAUUGCUAGAGGGUAAUAACGCUGUAUAUCCGGAAAAAGAGAAAUUAAUCCUGUUGAUUAUGAACGAGUCUUUCCGUUCUUCGUCGAAAGCCUAAGUAGUCAGCGUAUAUAUAUUUUUGAAAAUGACAUGACGAUAACGACGACGAUAACGACGACGACAACAACGAUGUUGACGAUGACGAUAACGAUGACGACGAUAAAACUCGAUACGUUUGGCCUAUUAUAAGGAGAAUAUAUUGCGACAUAAGGGAGCCAUGUAAUGCACGCUGUGCCCAUGUUUCGGCGGUAAAGGGCUGUGACAAAGAAGCGCGGGAGUCCCAACAACAUCGCGUUCUCUCGAAUCGACGCCUACCGACCGCACGAGAAUGCUCUAUCGGGAGGCAUCAUACACGAUACAGUGUAAUAAUGCAUCACAAUUCCUGCGCUGUAGGAUAAUCGUUGUUAACUUCGCCACUUUUGGGAUUACUUGUUUCGCCGGCGAUAAAGCGGUACCUAAAUUAAUAAUGUUGUACAAUAAUAUUAUUCUACAGACAAUUCAAAACAAACUCAAUAUAGCCUCCAGCCACGAUCAAUAUUGUGCAAUGUUCUAAUACUGCACAAUUGUUACAUGUUUUUGAUGAAAAUUAGACAAGAUCGAAGUCGGUCAUUACACUCACAAUAGAAAAUUAUCCAUAUUAAAAUUGUCUUUGUUAAAAUUUUUAUUAUUUUAUGCGUAAAAUCUCAAACAAUUUAUGCUACGAUUAUUCUUAAAUACGAAAGAAUAUAGAUACUUUUUCGUGCUGAUGCUCGAUGCUUAUUUUCAGAGUCAAGAUAGAUGCGUCACGUGAUCAUUCAAGUUCCAUUAAUCAAUGUUAAUUCUGAUAACGUGAUCUAUUAAAAUAAUGUUAAAAAUGAACAUUAUAAGUUGCCAAUUGGUUUGGAUAAUAGUAUCUACAGCCUAAUAUUAAUUAAUUGAAUUAAUAUUAACUAAAGAUUUUAUAAUAUAUUUCAAGAAUUCUUGAAUGAUACAAUACAUUGCAUAAACCUUUAAUUUAAUCUAUAAACGAUAUCGACGCAAUAAUAUUGAACACCUAAAAAUCUUUAUAUUUAAUUCUAAAAGAAUAUUGUACAAUAAUUUUGAAUCCAAGGACCGCUUUAGAUUUUUCCUUUGAACUGAAAAUCGCGUGAGAGGGAAACCGAUCCGUGGUGACGGGGAGAAAGAUUUUCCGGGAUCCGCGCUUCACCCCAACAAAGUGGAAUUGUUUGUAGAAGACAAUUAUAUACUUUACCUGGCCGACAGCCGCGUGCGUCACAUCGCUCGUUGAGAUUGUUUGAAAGUUUUAUGAAUAACGUUUUUCCGUAGCGUAUGCAUAUAUGUAUAUUGUUGUUUCUCAUUACAGCGAUAUUAUUUGUUAACACGAUAGAUACUACGAAGCUUAAGGCAAAGGGGAGAAAAGAGAGGAUAAAUAAAAAAUGAGAGAAAGAUGGAGAGAGAGAGAGAGAAAGAGAGAGAGAGAGAGACAUGUAUUGUUAAACCGCCGUUGUGUAUGGAGCCGCACAGUUCGGCUUAGACUGAUGAUAAGAAAUUCACGUAUGCUCAAUUAGAGAUGAACAUGUUCGCGCAUAAUUAAGAGUUCUAUUUACAUAUACAUGUUUUAUAUUUGUAAUUAAAAAAAAAACAAAUCAUCUAUACUUAAUAUUACCUGAAGAUUAUUAUUAGAUUUAUGUAAUCUCCAAAGUAUUUGCUCAUCAAAGUGCUAGGCAUGUUAGACGGACCGUUAUUCGUCCAAAAUGGUACCUUGGAGAUGGACAUACCAUCUAACACGUACGACAUUUGAUAUUUUACAUAAUAAUAAAAAACAGCUCGUAAUUUCGUUGAUUAACUCUAAGACAUAGUCAAUCCUAAUUAUACAAUCAUUAAGGAUACGGAGGAAAAGAAUCAAUUAAUCGUUUUACAUGUAUAUAAUACAUAUAAUGUACAUAGCACUUAGAUAGACACAAAAGGGAGAAAGGAAAUAAUGAAGAAUAUUUAAAAUUACGAAUUAUAUCAAACUACGAAGUAUGGGAAAAGAAACGAAAAUCGAGAGCUUUUGUAUACUAGGUGUAUAUUGGUAAUAUAUUCACUUUGUAUCGUUCUUUUUACCGCGACGAAAUAAUUGUCGAUAAAUAGAGAUUAGCGGCAGCGUCAUUGUUUCUAAAAAAACAAAGAAGUGCGACAAAAAGAAUGUUCGACUACACGCGGAUCAAGAAGUCGACGACGGUUAGACGAGAGGUAGAGAGAAAAAGAGAGGGACAAGUGAAGAGAACCAGCAUCUAUCAGGACGAUAAACAAGUGCGAGCGACGCCGCGAAAAUUAUAUCCGUUCCAAAAUUGAUAUCGCCUUCGCAUCACAUGCCACGUUUUUCAUAUAUAUACACUUUUACGAGGAUAUUUCUUAUUGCUCGGGCUAUACUUCUACUUUUUCAACACGGACACCUACACACCCGCGCGCGUAGGGAGAUGAUUUUUACCCCUUUUGUGCCGAGAGCAUCACGCCAAUAACACACGAAAGUACGUUGUACUUCUCCUCCCCAUGCGUUUUCGAGUUUGUAUAUAACUUAUUAUCGCGCCGCGACUGGUCUAAAUGUUGCUUCCGUUUUAUGUGCCAACCGAUCGACGUUGUUCUUCGACGUGUGUAACAUAUGUUACGGAAUAUUAAUGCGAGACGAAGGGGGAAGAAAAAAAAAGAAAGACAAGGAACCAGCACCGGUCGGCGGCCGUCUCGAAGGGGAUUUUUCAACGCGCGGCCGGCGCUGUUUCUUCGAGUACAACAGAGGGAAGAAAUAAAUAAAAAAAGUAACGACGAUUUAAAAAAAAGGAGAAAAAAAUAGAACAAAGCGAAAAGGAAAAGCUCUCUGAUCGACGUAAACGGUGUAACAUAAUUGAAUGCCCAUGAUUAACUGAUGUACAUAUACAUAGUAUUUUUACAUUCUAAUUCUAAAUUACAUUUCCAAUUCUAAAUGGUAUACACAACAUUACACUCACUGUGAGCUUCGCUCCGUCAUCUGCGUAUCGUGUCGCGACGAUGACGACGACGACGACGGCCGUUGUUCCGCUCCACGUCGUCGUCUACCACCCCUGCGCGUCCGGGGCGGAGGGGGGGGAAGGGCGAGAUGUAUCCCGUACAAAAGUGCAUUUACAGUGAUUAUUGCUCAGCAGCAUCCUCUUCUCCAUUGACGGCUCCUCCGCGCGUCCACGUGCAUUUACAUUCUCGCGCUUACGACAUUCAAUAAACGCAUGCCUUGUGCCUUUUCGCCGCAUCACGUUGAUUAAACCGUAAUACGUAGGGCUGAACGAAGGGUGAAGAAAGAUAUACUUGUUGUGCGCGAUGCAUUUUACUAUUAUUUUUGGGAUACGUUCGCGCGAUUUGUUUAUGCUCAUUGCCAAAAAUUGGCGACGAGAGACGUUGGUUCGUUCAACGCUCUUUCAGGAAUAAUUGGGGAAUGAUUCCUUAAUACGUAUUCAUUUAUUUCAUUUGAUAUUCCAAGCGAUCAAUAUAGCAUCAUUAGCAUAAUUUGCCGAUUGCCGGAUUUGCGUUUAAAUGACUGCCAAUAUUCUAUAUAUUUGAUAUUAGGGAAGGAGAGGUGAUAAAUGCUGAUUUAUAUAAACGUGUAUACGCAGAGGCAGAGCGGAGCUCAACGCGCUAGUCCUUAAUUUAAAACCAAAGUAAAAGCAACAUUGUGUAGCGUUUAAGAAUCUCUAUUACGUAUACACACCUGUGUGUCUAUACAGACAUAAUUAUAAUUAACAAUUCCAAUCAUUGUAAUUAGGUAAAUGAAACUAACCGAUAAGCAGAUAGGUAAAAAUAAGCCACUCAUUAUGUGUAUAUCAUCUUGUUUUUUCCAUUCAUAAUUUUUCACUACACAAUUAACAACAUUUUACCUAGGAGAGCCUUUCGUCAGCUAGGAUUAUUCUGUAUCUGUAUUCUGUAUAUUGUUUUCUAUUGCAACUAUUAAAACUGAUUGUCAACUUAUAAA